AUGAUAUUUUCAUUGAUUCUAUUAUUGUCAUUGUUGCUUACAACUAUGAAUUGUAGUCUAGAGGUACCACCAGUUGGAAGUAGUGGUGUUUAUGCAUCAUAUACUAAUGUUCUAUAUGAAGCUCACCUAACUGUAAAUGAAUUACAAGCAAAUGGUACACUUAACCGAAUAUUAAAAUUGAUUGGAUUAGAUGAACAAUAUAUGGGUCCAAUGGUAUCAAGUACCAUUGAUAAAGCAAACAAUAUACUCUAUGUAACUGGAUAUGCACCUGAUAAUGCAAAAGAUACUAGUGUUUUUCUACAUACAAUUGAUCUUACAACAAACACUCAAACUGCCAAAAUAUUGUUGUCACCAAAAAAUGAACCAGAGGCAUUUAUGAUGAGUCAGAUACAAUAUGAUUCAACCUAUGGUCUGAUUGGUCUAUUUACUUGCUGGACAUCAGAUGGUGAUCUCUAUUCCUAUCUUGGAAUCAUCAACAUCACCAGUGGUAGUGUUAAUUUCUAUAAUAAAACUUUUGAAACUACAUUAUACUCAUUUGGCUACAAUGAAAAGAAUGCAACUCUCUAUUUUGUAACUUCCAGUGGCCAAGAAAAUACUGUUAUACAAUUCGAUUUGUCAUUAGGUGCUAUCGUUAGCACCAAAUCGAUUUCCAAACCAUGGUUAAUAACUAUUGCAAACAAUGCUUUAUUUGUACCCGGUGUUGAUAUGUUAGUAGUAAAUGAUUACAAUCAUUUUAAUGUUUAUUUGGCAAUCGAUAUUGUCAGUGGUGAUGUAAAACCACUGCAAUCGAUUUUUCCAAUGGAUUCGGGUGUGAAUGCUGUCACUCAUACAACAACGGGACAACCCAACAUCGUAUUAUCAAUCAUACAACGAUCAUCCGAUCAAUUGGUUACAAUUGACUUUUCAAAACUGGAUUCCAACCCAAUAAUAUCCUCAAUCAACAUGAACACUGAUAUAUACAUAAAUUCUCUUGUAUCAUAUUAA